AUGAGAGGAAACCCCGCAAUCUGUGUAUUUUAUCCGAGCGCCGCGACAAAGAUCGGCGGAAGUGGAAAUCGCGCAGACGACAUUUCCCCUGCAGAGACAAGUCGCAAGCGAUCUCAACUUCUUGAAUGCAAUGUGCUGCUGUCGCGUAAGAUCCGCCGGUUGCCCUCCCUUGUUCCCGUCGCUCUCCCUUCCCGUCGCUCUCCCUUCCCGUCGCACUCCCUUCCCGUCGCUCUCCCUUCCCGUCGCUCUCCCUUCCCGUCGCUCUCCCUUCCCGUCGCGCUCCCUUCCCGUCGCCCCGUGGGCGCCCCUCUGCCUCCCUUCCCGUCGCCUUCCCUUCCCGUCGCCUACCCUUCCCGUCGCCCGAGCUUCUGUUCCGUCGCCGUCCGUUCGUCUCGUCGCCCUCCCUUCCGCUCGUCCGAUCCUCUCCCCGUCAAUUCUCUCUCCGUCGCCCUCGCUUUCCCCGUCAAUUCUCUUUCCGUCGCCAUUGCUUUCCCCGUCAAUUCUCUUUCCGUCGCCAUUGCUUUCCCCGUCAAUUCUCUCCCCGUUGCCCUCGCUUUCCCCGUCGCCCUCGCUUUCCCCGUCGCCCUGCCAUCCACUGCUCGUCGACCUCGCCUUCCCUCCCGCCUCCCUUCCCAACUCGCACACGCGUCACCCUACGUUUUCUCCCCCUACUCCCUCUUAUCCCUCCCGCUAAUAUUCGCCUUCCUUCCCCCCCCCUUCCCUGCUUUUUCCCAUCCCCUUCCCUGCUUUCCCGCAUCCUGUGCCCUACUUUCCCCCCUUCCCUGCCCUGCUUCCCCCCAUCCCCUUCCCUGCUUCCCCAUGUCCAUUGCCUUGCUUCUUCCCAUCCCCUUCCCUGCUUCCCUACAUCCUCACGCCUGCUUCCCCCCAUCCCCCUCCCUGCUUUCCCCCAUCCUCCUCCCUGCUUCCCCUCAUCCCCAUCCCUGCUUCCCCCCAUCCCCCUCCCUGCUUCCCCCCAUCCCCCUCUCUGCUUCCCCCCAUCCCCCUCCCGAACUCCCCCCAUCCCCCUCCCUGCUUCCCCCCAUCCCCUUCCCAUGCUCCCCCCAUCCCCUUCCCUCCGCGUCCCCCCAUCCCCCUCCCUGCUUCCCCCCGUCCCCCCAUCCCCCUCCCUGCUUCCCCCCAUCCCCCUCCCUGCUUCCCCCCAUCCCCCUCCCUGCUUCCCCUCAUCCCCAUCCCUGCUUCCCCCCAUCCCCCUCCCUGCUUCCCCCCAUCCCCCUCCCUGCUUCCCCCCAUCCCCCUCCCUGCUUCCCCCCAUCCCCCUCCCUGCUUCCCCCCAUCCCGUGCCCUGCUUCCCCCCAUCCCCUUCCCAUGCUCCCCCCAUCCCCUUCCCUCCGCGUCCCCCCAUCCUCUUCCCUGCUUCCCCCCAUCCCUCUCCCUGCUUCCCCCCAUCCCCCUCCCUGCUUCCCCCCAUCCCGUUCCCUGCUUCCCCCCAUCCCCCUCCCUGCGUCCCCCCAUCCUCUUCACUCUCUCCCCUUAUCCCAAGCCCGGCUUCCCCCCAUCCGCAUUUCUGCUUCCCCCCCUCCCCUUGCUUCCCCAUGUCCCCUUCCCUGCUUCCCCCCAUCCUCUUACGCGCGUCCCCCCUUCCUCUUCCCUGCUUCCCCAUGUCCCCUUCCCCGCUUCCCUCUUACUUGCUUUCCCAUGUCCCCUUCCCUGCUUCCCCCCAUCCUCUUACUUGCUUCCCCAUGUCCGGUUACCUGCUUCCCCCCCUCCCGUUCCCUUCUUCCCCAUGUCCCCUCACAUGCUUCCCCAUGUCCCCUUCCCUGCGUCCCUGCAGUCCAUUCAGGCCAAUGCACUCCCCCCACCUCCUUCUAUCUGCAUCCCCUCACAUCCCCCUCCCCGGCACCAGGCGCGCGCCCUGCUAGCAUGCCAUCGGUCGCCGCGCUUCCGUGGCACCUCUGUGGCGCGCACAUCGCCCUGGUCUCCUCGCCCGCCACUCCACUUCAUUCUCCCGUCUGCUGCCACUUCUGCCAGUGCGCUCCUCUCUCUUCCUGCUGCCCAUUUAUUCCCGCCCCGCUACUUACCCUCACCCCGCUGCGUUCAGGACACAGUCUAUUCCCCCUCUGCUUCCCCCCUUCCCCUCCACAGUCUAGUGCACAUGUCCACGCACAUGUCGCACAUGUCCUCUUCAACAUCAAUUCAUCUCCUCGCAGCCUUCGCACACUACUCCGUGUACUACUCCUUGCACCUCAUAUUGCAGCAGCAUCUCUUCCCAUGGCAGGUGCUGAGUUGGAGGGGAUGCAGGCGAAGACGGAGGUGGAGGUGUACCUGCUGCUGCUGGACGACCAGCUCGACGCCCUCGAGAGCUUCCUUGAGCUGCUCACCGCCAUGCGCACCGCGCUGGGCUGCCGCUGGCACCCGACGAGUACCUGGCGCGGCGGCGCAUCAUCCCAUCGCCCCGGAGCUUCUAGGGGCUAA